AUGUUCAGCCAGACAGCGGUAGUACUGGUACAGUAAAACAACAGCUGCAGGGAAACGAUAAUGCUCAGACAUAUAUUCUUCCAGUUCUUGCUGCUAUGGUUCUUUGGCCAAGCCGUCCAUGGGAUUUCUCUGUUAUAUCACGAUGAAAAGUGGCAGCCUUGGAACAGGCAGGCCCGCCAUACUACUCCUCUGAAAAUGGAUAUGAAGCUGAGAAGAUUGGACCUGUCCAAAAGCUUCAUCAGACAGUUGCACACACUUGGUCUGCCACACCUGCAACAGCUUGACUUGAGUUACAACCAGCUGGAUCUCAUCGCUGAAGAGGCCUUCAUAAACCUGGCCCAACUUGAAGCGCUGAAUCUGUCCAAAAACGCUCUGUACAACAACGUUGGCAGGAACGGCAGAGCCCUCCGAUCCAUUGGCGGGCUGAGGCGUUUGGACAUAUCUCUGAACAACUUGAACGACGAAGCGGUGGAACUCUACCUCCAAAACAAAUUCUCCCUGAUUCAUCUUGACCUCACUGGCAACGGCAUCACGGCACUCACGCACAACACGUUCAAAGAAUGCCAAGGACUAAAGACCAUUAUCGCGGCCAAUAAUCUGAUAAGAGACAUAGAACCGGGAACAUUUGAACCGCUUAUGCGAUUAGAGACACUCGACUUGUCCCAAAAUAAUUUGGCACAUAUCUGUGAUUUUCAAUUGCAUCAAGUGAACUACUUGAAUCUCAGUCAAAAUUCAAUAGAGUUCUUCAUGACACGGCAAGACGAAGAGUUAUUCAGACUAGAAAUCCUAGACCUGAGUGACAAUAAACUAUUUUAUUUCCCCAUUGUUCCAAAGUUCAUCCAUUUGAGAUAUCUUUAUUUACAAAAUAACAUGAUUGGAGCUUUGAAUUCAGAGGCAACAAUGAUCUCAGAGGCCAGAUCUGUUUAUAAAGAGAUUGUUAUCGGGAAAGCCAAUACAAAGUAUCACGAAAUAUUCUCUAACUGGAGAAUAAUGCCAUUGAUUUACAUUGACCUGAGCAGCAACCAUUUCAGGUCGGUACCCUUUGAAACGUUAAGCCUUCUCACCUCUUUAGAAACCUUAAACUUUAGUAGGAAUUGUCUGCAAAAUAUUGAACUUAAUAUUACAAAGCCUGGCCAAUUGGGAUAUAAUUACCGGCGAUUAUUCCCAUCCCUGAGGCACCUAGACUUGCAGAAGAAUAGCCUAAGAUACAUUACCCCACUCUUUUUCAAGGCCUUACCAAAACUUGAGACAUUAAACUUACAAGCAAACUCAGUGAAACCAUGUCCACCUGGAAAUGGGUUGGGACGGAACAAAUCCGAUCAGCACGCACUCGGCAGACACAACAUGUCUUGUGUUGCCUUCAGACAAAUAAAGACUCUUAAGCACCUGAACCUUGAGGACAAUGGCAUACAGGUGCUCUACGCCAACACUUUCGAGAAAACAUCUUUGGCUCACCUCAACCUCGCUGGGAACCGUCACAUGGUCCUGGAAGAAGGUACGCUGGAGGGUGUGCAGGGAAGCCUUCAGUCCCUGAGUCUCAGCGCGACCAAUGUUUCCAGCCGUGACCUUUCCUUGCCCUGUAUGCCAGCAUUGUCUCAACUCAACCUCUCCAACAACCAUCUGGACAGCAUCCCUGUUAGUCUGAGUUGUUCUCCUCUGAGGGUACUUGACUUGAGCAACAAUGCCUUGGUGUCUUUGAACCCUUCUCUGAUCAGAGCCAUGUCGUCGCACCUUAGCGCCUUGUACAUCAGAGGGAAUCGCUUCGACUGUUGCAAUGCAUCGUGGGUGACCGUUUUGAAUGAGUCACGGGUGAACCUACCUGAUUUGAGUGAAGCAAAGUGUGCUGUGCAGGGCGAGAGUGUUUUUCUAGCCGCCUAUAUAGAGAGCCCUUCAGGAUACUGCUUGUUUCAAACCACAGUUCCAGUCACAGUCGGCCAGCGUCUUAUCGUCUUCAUAUUUGUGAUGACAAUCGUUUCCAUGUUGUUUGUUUUCACUCGACUUUGGUGGACUUGACAGGAUCCUGCAUAGUAAUUAGCUAUCCAAACAUUAUUAUUAUUAUUAUUAUUAUUAUUAUUAUUAUUAUUAUUAUUAUAUGUGUUAUUUAUCAUUAUGUCGUUCUUUAGGAUAUCACUAUUGAGAUAAUAGUUGUAAAUACUGUAUAUGUACUUCAAGGAAAUACUGUUAAUAUAAGCCUGUUGAUGCAACUGAAUCACCCAGGACAGACAUGUCAUUGGUUAUAGGAGACCGUUGAGAUUGUAUACCUGUGUUUCUCAGCAUAUUUAUCUCAUGGUUGUUUCAUUUCCAAUAAAAGUACAAAUAAAUUGUCCCCUGUCUACUCAUGUA